AUGCGCUUCGCCAGCAUCGCCCUCCUCCUCGGCCUCGCGGUCGCCUCCCCGGUGCCCGAGGAGCACGAGCUCGCGCGCCGGCAGGCGUCGCAGGCGUGCAACCUGGGCUUCUGCACGCAAAACGGCGGCACGACGGGCGGCGCGGGCGGGUCGACGGUGACGGUGCGGACGCUGUCGCAGCUGCAGGAGGCGGCGGGGCGGUCCGGCCCCCUGACCGUCAUCGUGUCGGGCUCCAUCUCGGGCUCGGCCAAGGUGCGCGUGGCGGCCGACACGACCAUCUACGGCGAGCGCGGCAGCUCCCUCAACGGCGUCGGCCUGUACGUGCGCCGCGUCAAGAACGUCAUCAUCCGCAACAUGAAGAUCUCGGGCGUCAAGGCCUCCAACGGCGACGCCAUCGGCAUCGACGCCUCCACCAACGUUUGGGUUGACCACUGCGACCUGCGCGGGGACCUCAACGGUGGCAAGGACGACCUCGACGGGCUGCUGGACGUGUCCCACGGCGGAGACUUUGUCACCGUGUCGUACACGUACUUCCACGAUUCGUGGAAAGCCUCGCUCGUCGGCCACAGCGACAGCAACGCCAGCGAGGACCGCGGCAAGCUCCGCGUGACGUACGCGCACAACCACUGGAAGGACGUCAACGCGCGCACGCCGCUCGUGCGCUUCGGCACCGUCCACGUCGUCAACAGCUACUACGAGGGCCUCAAGUCGUCGGGCAUCAACACCCGCAUGGGCGCCCAGGUCCUGGUCCAGAGCACGGCCUUUUCCAACAGCAACAGCAAGGCCAUCUUCUUCGCCGACUCGAGCCAGACCGGCUACGCCGUCGCCGAGGACGUGUCGCUCGGCGGGUCGCAGAACACGGCCCCGAGGGGCUCGCUCACGUCCUCGUCGCUGCCGUACCGCAUCUCGGGCAUCGGCUCCGGCAGCGUCGCGGGCACUGUGCCCGGCCAGGCUGGCCAGCGGCUGUAA